AUGCGGCCUUACGACGUUUUCAUCAGCCACCGCAGAAUUGACACAAAAAGGAGUGUCGCCGGGCUGCUGUAUAAUCACCUCAGCCGGCAGCUCCACCUCCGGCCAUUCUUGGACAGCAUGAACAUGAAGCCGGGGGACAAAAUUUUCGAAAAAAUUGACAUGGCAAUCAGUCAAUGCAAAAUUGGGAUUGCUGUGUUUUCUCCACGAUACUGUGAUUCUUACUUUUGUUUGCACGAAUUGGCUCUUAUGAUGGAGGGCCAAAAGAAGGUGAUACCUAUUUUUUGUGAUGUGAAACCUUCUGAACUUAGGGUUAAAGUUGAUGGGACUCGUCCGAUUAAGGAUUUGGACAGGUUUCAAAUGGCUCUUGACGAGGCAAAAUACACAGUUGGACUGACAUUUGAUACACUGACAGGGGGCGGAGCCAGCACUUCAAAUUAG